UCAUGUGACGGAAAUCCCAAAUUGUCAAAACUCGAGCGAGAAUCACAAAGCCUACAAUAUUAACCUCACCAUUCUCAUCACAACCUCCACCGUCCAUUCCUAAUCCAACGGCCCACAUCCAAAAUCUCCCUCACUCACAUCAUGCCACUCCAUUAUUAUUAACCUCCCCACCCUCACUCUCCUACACCAGAUCGCGCCACCCUCCACCAUGGCUUCCAUAGCAUUCUCCACCGCCACCCUCCCCUCCCUCCGCCUCCGCCACCGCUACCGCCACUCCCCCAAACCGCCACUCCUCCGCCACUCCCUCAAACUAAAACCCUCCCUCCCUUCCAUUUCUUCAACGUUCCCACUCUCCACCCUCUCUUCCGUUCCCAGAAAACACACCACUCUCACUGUCAGAGCCUCUUCCUCCUCCUCAGCUUCCAUAACCCCAGCUCCGGUUCCCGCUCCGCCUCCGGUUCAACCAUGGCAAGGUGCCGCCAUCAAACCCCUCUUCGCUUCCUUAGCGAUCGGUACUCUACUCUGGUACUCUCCCGUGCCAGACGGAGUCUCUCGUAACGCGUGGCAAUUGCUCGCGAUUUUCUUAGGAACCAUCGUCGGCAUCAUCACGCAGCCACUGCCACUCGGCGCCGUCGCGAUUUUGGGCUUAGGAGUCUCCGUUCUCACCAAAACCCUCACGUUCGCCGCCGCUUUCUCCGGCUUCGGCGACCCAAUUCCCUGGCUUAUCUGCCUCGCUUUCUUCUUCGCCAAAGGGUUCAUCAAAACCGGCCUCGGCAACCGCGUUGCGUAUCAAUUCGUGUCACUCUUCGGUAGCUCGUCGUUGGGGUUGGGGUACAGUUUGGUUUUCAGCGAGGCCCUUUUGGCGCCGGCGAUUCCUUCCGUUUCGGCGAGGUCCGGUGGGAUUUUCCUUCCGCUGGUGAAGGCUUUGUGUGUGUCGUGUGGGAGUAACGUCGGUGAUGGAACGGAGAACAGGUUGGGGUCGUGGUUGAUGCUGACUUGCUUUCAGACAUCGGUGAUCUCGUCGGCGAUGUUUCUGACGGGAAUGGCGGCGAAUCCGCUGUGCGCCACGCUUACUUUGAACUCCAUAAACCAGACAAUUGGGUGGUUGGAUUGGGCUAAGGCUGCUAUAGUGCCUGGUUUGGCGUCGUUGAUUUUGGUGCCUUUGAUCUUGUAUGUUAUCUACCCUCCUACCCUGAAAUCUAGUCCAGAUGCACCCAAGCUUGCUAGGGAGAAGUUGCAGAAAAUGGGGCCUAUGACAACCAAUGAGAAGAUCAUGACUGUUACUCUGCUUCUAACGGUUGGACUUUGGAUUUUUGGAGGGCUUCUUGGUAUAGAUGCUGUAACUUCUGCCAUUCUCGGAUUAGCUGUACUCCUUAUCACAGGGGUUGUAACAUGGAAGGAGUGCUUAGGCGAGGGAGUUGCCUGGGACACUCUCACGUGGUUUGCUGCCCUCAUUGCAAUGGCUGGGUAUUUGAACAAAUAUGGUCUUAUUUCUUGGUUCAGUCAAACUGUAGUCAAGUUUGUUGGUGGAUUGGGUCUCUCAUGGCAACUAUCUUUCGGUAUUCUGGUCCUUCUCUAUUUCUACUCCCAUUACUUCUUUGCAAGUGGAGCUGCUCAUAUUGGUGCCAUGUUCACUGCAUUUUUGUCUGUUGCUACUGCUCUGGGGACUCCGCCAUAUUUGGGAGCCAUUGUGCUGUCCGUCCUCUCCAACCUUAUGGGUGGCCUUACUCAUUAUGGGAUCGGGUCAGCGCCGGUGUUUUUCGGUGCCAACUAUGUUCCCCUCGCUCAGUGGUGGGGGUAUGGAUUCAUUAUUAGUAUUGUUAACCUUAUAAUCUGGCUUGGACUUGGAGGAGUUUGGUGGAAAUUCAUUGGCUUGUGGUAAAGGGUAUUCUACUGCAAUAGAAAUUUGCCGGCAUAUUUAUCAAAUUUUUCAUUUUGAAUACAUUGAUGUACGAAAUCUGGUUAAUAUCAGCAGUUGAAGCUAAUUGCUAUUUUUUCCCUGAUGCUUUCCUGAAAUAAUCUUCGGGAGAUUUUGAUUCAGAUUUAGGUGGAACCUGGAUACAGUAGAUCGUUUUAGAUCUGAGGUAGAACAUUUACAUUGUUAUUGAGAUGUAAGGGGACGUCCUGGUAUUCAGGAUAUAUUGUAAUUGUAUGCCUAUUAUUAAGUUUUUCCUUAAAAAAAUUCUUAGAAUAAGUGUUGUGUUAA